AUUACCUCUUCUAAGUUCUAUCUUUCCACCAUCUCAAUCCGCCGCAAACAACACUUUUCCGGCGAAGUAAAUGGCGACUGCGGAGGAGUUCCACCGUGCUCAACGGGCUGAGGGUCCGGCCACUGUGUUGGCAAUCGGCACCGCUGUGCCGCUAAAUUGCAUCGAGCAAAGCACGUUUCCUGAUUACUACUUUCGCGUCACAAAGAGUGAGCAUAUGACCGAUGUCAAACGAAAAUUUAGGCACAUGUGUGAAAAUUCCAUGAUAAAGAAACGCUACACACACCUAACCGAGGAACUCGUGAACCAAAACCCUAACAUGGGAGAGUACCUGGCCCCAUCACUGAACACACGACAAGACAUGGGGGCAGAGGAGGUGCCAAAGUUGGGCAAAGAGGCAGCGGAGGCGGCCAUCAAGGAGUGGGGGCAGCCUAAAUCCAAGAUCACCCACCUCAUCUUCUCUACCAACAGCAGCGUCCACAUGCCUGGCGCCGACUUUCACCUCACCACCCUCCUCGCCCUCCGCCCAUCCGUCAACCGCUCCAUGAUGUACCUCCAGGGGUGCCACGCUGCUGCGGCUGCCCUCCGUGCGGCCAAGGACUUGGCCGAGAACAACGCUACUGCAAGGGUCCUGAUCGUCAACUCGGAGACCACCACCCUCGGCUUCCGCGGCCCGAGCAGGGCCCACCCCGAGAACCUCUUGGGGCAAGCCCUGUUCGGGGACGCAGCCUCGGCCAUGAUUGUAGGCUCUGACCCGGUUGCCGGGUCGGAGCUACCGCUCUUCCAGAUCGUCUCCGCAGCGCAGACGAUCAUCCCUGGCAGCGCCGGUGCGAUCGUCGGGCAUGUGGGGGAGGCCGGGCUGGUCGUCCAUCUCCGGGCCGAUGUCCCGGGCUUGAUCGCGAAGAACAUCGAGGCGUGUUUGGAAGAGGCUUUCCGGCCGUUUGGGAUCAGGGAUUGGGAUUCCAUAUUCUGGAUUGCGCAUCCCGGUGGGCCCGCGAUUCUGGAGCAGAUAGAGAGAGGGUUGGGCCUGAAGGCGGAGAAGUUGCGGGUGUCGCGGCGCGUGUUGAGGGAGUACGGGAAUGUGUCGAGCGCGAGUGUUGUGUUUAUUAUGGAUGAGAUGAGGAGGUCCUCGGCCGAGGAGGGGCUAAGCACCACUGGUGAGGGGCUGGAUUGGGGGGUGCUCUUUGGGUUCGGGCCGGGCAUCACCGUCGAGACGGUCGUACUCCGCAGCAUGCCCAUUGAUUGACUUGUUAUUUGUUACUGCUGCUCCUACUCGUUAUCAAUGACCGAUCCAGAAAUUUUCAUCCGUGGGUCAAAAAAUAAUUAAUAAAUAUAAUAAAAUAUUUAAAUAAUUAUUAUACAUUA